UUUUGGUUGGAUCCCUUGUACCUGAAGAUGAGCCUGCGUGGCUUGUUCUCAUGGAUCUGAAGGACAUUACAGAGCUUAUUGUUGCCCCUGUGCAUAGUGAUGACUCGCUGGCUUUUUUGGAAAGUAAAAUCACUGAGCACAGGCAGAGAUACAAAGAAUUGUUCCCUGACAUCAAGCUGCUUCCAAAACACCAUUAUUUGGAGCACUACCCCCAGAUGAUUAGGCUGUUUGGUCCAAUUGUUGGGCAGUGGACAAUGCGCUUUGAGGCUAAGCAUAGCUUUUUAAGCAGGUUAUCAGACACACAAGCUGCUUCAAGAAUGUGCCACUCUCAUUAGCCUCAAAGCAUCAGAUGAUGAUUGCAUACCAUCUGAGCGCUCCGUUUCUGAGCAAGUCUGACCUAGAGGUCUCUGCUAUAUCCACUCUACCAGUAGACUUACUCAAAGAGGAGAUAGCCCAAGUCAUCAGGAAAAAGUUCUCUGACACACCUGAGGUUCACCUUGCACAGUGUGUGACAACCAAGGGUAUAACAUAUAGGAAGGGAAUGAUACUGGCCCACAGAGCAGUGGGUGGAAUGCCUGAAUUCAGUGAAAUUGACCAAAUCUGCAUUUUACAUGAGAGUAUAUUCUGUAUUGUCAAAGAGCUAUGUGGUUGGUACAGAGAGCAUUAUAGAGCCUUUGAACUCAGCCAAGCACCCACAAGAACAUUCACUGUCAUGGCACUCAGUGAACUCCUUGAUACUUGUCCGCUUGUUGACUACAAGAUUGGAGCAACCCGCAUGGUGACUUUGAAAAGGCAUAUUGAAAUCAAAGCUUUGAAGAUGGGGACUCCUGUGAUCCUUAAGAUCGUCUUGACUGAUGGCAGCUCUCAGAGGUUGACUCUUUCCCAUGGACUCCCUGCAUCCAUUGAUGACCUUAUGAUUGAAGUCAAGAAACAGUGUGGACUUCAGGGCAAUUUUCGACUUCAAUUUAUGGAUUCCUUGUUUGGAAAUGAGUUCCUCAACCUUACCUCAAUUUCAGAAGCAGAAGACAAAGGUACUCUUAGAGUCAUUGAUAUGGCAAUGCCCCCAACUUUGCCGUAUAAUAAUGAGAUGGGUUCUCCAGUCCUAAUACCCCAAGCAUUCAACCCUUUGUCUUCCUCUGUAAGUGACUCUUCGUCCCUCUCAGCUGAAUCUGUGGAUACAGAUGUACUGUCAUCGAGUGAGUCGACGAGCUCGCGGUCUUCUUGGCCAGCUGUUUUUCAUGUGCCUAAGUUCUCCUAUGAUGCUGAAUUAAAACUUCAGCAGGCAAGUUUAGCCUAUAUUCGAAACGGCACUGUACUGAUUCCAGAUCCCAAGUUGAAGUCAGCCAUCCUUGAUGGUUUAGUGGAGGAAAUUGUGCAGUAUAAAGUUUAUGUCAGUGAUAAGGAGAUGAACAGGUAGCCCAGAGUCUUAUCAAGACACAUCCAUGUUUAACUGAGAAGGGGUCCUGCAGUGGAUGUGGCGGAUGGAAGACCAGUUUAAAAUAUCUAACUACCGCACACACCUGAGAAAACUGGGUUGCCCAGAGGUAACAGUGAACUCUUUAAAAAACAAACCUGCAGGAAGAUGCAGUGCAGCCUUUGGUGUCAAAAAGGCAAAGAGAGCAGAGGUGAAUUUUUGCCCGACAUACCCAACAGCAGAAACUGAGGAGAGUCUUGAGGCCAUGCAGAAAGCUCUACUAUUAGAUGUAAAGAAGAGGAACAACAGGGAGGUUGUGAAACUCAAGAUGGAAAAGACUUUUGACACAGAAGACAUGAAGUAGUUUGUGAUGGACCAAUGGUGGAGGAUUUCAUGGCGAGGUGGCCUGCCCUAUUUG